UCACUAGACAAGUUAAAAGUUGAGCGUAAGCGAAAGCAAAACGUACUUAACUCCAAAUCAUCUUAUACCAAUAAAUCAGUCUGAUUCACUCGUCGUGCUCUACAUCAGUUGCAGCCAAGGGUGAAGUGCGAUACUCGGUAAAUUGAAUCGCGUGCGCGUCAUCUCUCCGCGACGCGUCCUCUGGCUUUCACACGACCUUGACCUUCACUCGAGCAGCGUAAGUUUACCGAUGUUCUCGAAUUACGGCGAUGACCAAGCGUAACGAACUUCGUAACUGUUCCGAGGCGAGGCGCACUGCACAACCACCCCGAAAUGGCACAACGAGGCCGAGUGGUGAUCGACCUGAGCGAAGACAGUCCACCACCACCUGAACUAGAGUCGCACAAGGCCCAGCCCGCAAAAGUUCCCGAUACACGCUUCAUAACUCCCUCGGACGACGACAACGACGACGAUAGCGAUGACGGGGUCAUGUUCCUCUGGGGCACGCGCAAGCAACGCCAUGAUACCAACGUUUCGAACACGCUAAAGUCGAACCUGCCUACCAAUGUCCUCGAUGGCAAGAAAGAUGUUACUAAGCCAGCACCCACACAACCGAACAUCUCGAGACCGCUAGGUCCGCUUCCAAACGCCCAGAAGCCAACCAAGUCGUCCCUCGUACCGCCGCGAUCUUCGUUUGUGCCGUCGCUUCAACAACAGCCACGUCCACAUUCGCAGCCUCAACCACAAUCACAGUCGGGACCAGCACCACAAAACCAAACACAGCCACGACCGCAGCCUUGGCCAGCAGCGCCACCUGAUGGUCGUGAGAGUUCUGUCUCUAUAGCGAACCCGUCAACAAAGCUGUUCCUUGCUAGUCUAUCCAGAUCCCGUGCUACACCUUCAGCCUCCAUACCACAACAGUUGAAUCUGCCGCCCGGCGCAACACCGCUCCCUUCUACUUCUUCGAUCCCACCAGCGCACUCGCAUUUUCAAUUGCCUCCGCAGUUCUCAAGGCCUUCAAGACCAUCAUCAGCACAUGCAGGCCUAGAUUCUCAAGCACAUGCUCCACCACCUGGUUCCUCGGGCAAAUCAAUGGGACUAGCUCCCUCACAGCCUGUGGAAUUAUUCGAACUCUCGUCUGCACCUGCACCUGCACCUGCAAUACCUGCUCUCAAACAUCCUGCACUGCCACCUACCCUUCCUUCAAGAGUCGCGUCAGAUCCACCUCCAACAGUCUUACCAGAAGAAAUCUCUAGAGGAAGGAACGGCGAUACUAGCGCUGAACAUGCUCGGAACAACAACCUAUCUCAGUCAAUUGGCUUGAAACCAGCGCCCGCGGCGCCCUCUUCAAGCAAGCAUGUGUCCAGGACACUUGCAUCACUCUCGUAUCCCAGUGAGCCUCGCCAGCCAAGGAAGGAAUCAGAAGCAGCACCUACGAGCUCGAAGACCUCAACAUCUUUGGUCACGCAGCCACCAGAGCCUUCCCAAAAGAGGACACUCCCAGCACAACAGCAGGCAACGCUUCCUCUCAAGCCCGCUGUCAACAAUGCUGUCGACCCGGGCUCACCCUUUAGUGAUGACAGCUUCGUGACUGCGGUCGGCAGUUCAAGCUCUGUGGCCAGUAAACCUGCAAGCAAAAGCUCUCCACGAAUCGGAAAGAGAAAAAUGGAAGUUAUUGAAAUUGAUGACGACGAGCCGCUGAAGCGCCUCAGACGUACUCGAUCUUCUGCAGCUAGACCAAAGAGUCCAGGCGUAUUGGUCCAACCGGACUCUGUCAUGGGUUCUGUCGAAGUCGACACGCACGAUCAAUUCACUUUCCCGAGGGACAUCACAAAGAUCAAGCCAUUCAAGAACAGAUUCGGACAGCCAUUUACCUUGGAGGAAGACGCGCUGGUGAGGCACCUGAAGGAGGUCAAGAAGAUUCCGUGGAAAGAUUUCGAGCGUUUUUUCCCAGGAAGAAAAUGGCCUUCGAUGCAAUCAAGAUACUCUAAGGUGUUGUCCAAACUGACAGUGAGACCAUCCGGUUUGGUACCUUUGUCACUGUCGGCGUCGACAAGAGAGAAACCUCAGAGAGAGAUACCCCGACCGACCAGAGAAGUGCUCCGUCCGGCGAGAGAGUUACGCGGCACGCAUCACGUCCAUGCAAACUCUGUCGAUUCCUCCUCAAUACGCCAGAAAGCGGAAGAAGAGAUCAUGGAUGACCCCUACCGAUGCAGACGCGUGACCCACCCCUUGAAUUAUCUCAUACGACAUCGAGAAAUUGGGGCUACUCGCGGACGCCAAUGGCCUAGAAAGAUUCAUGCAGGCUUCAAGGAUCUUGCUUAUAACAGUAUGGGAGUGCAAGCACACAUGGAUAACGCUUCUGGUGACGUGUCGACCGUUGCAUGGUCACCAGACGGCAAGUUUUUCGCUGCCGGCGCAGUGGCUGUUGCAGACCGCCAGACGAUCGAUCACAGCAAACCGCGCAACCUUGUCAUUGGAAGUGCUGCGACCCAGACCGCAAAAGAGCUACCCCAACACACCAUCAAGCAUAUGCUGCCCGACGGACGCCAGAAAGACGCCUUCGCAACGGUUCAGUUGGUAGCCUGGAGCCCUGACAGCAAAUACAUGUACUCGGUUGGCAUCGACCGGCGCCUACACAGAUACAAGGUCGGUGAAUCGCCGCUUGAAACCACACUUGUCGAUACAGUAGAACAUCCAGCAUCUGUGGAUUUCCUAUCAGUCAGUAACAAUGGUUUGGUAGCAACUGGUUGUGCUUCCGCGGACGCUGGCGCUAUUCGUGUACUUGCUUAUGACGACGAGAAUGCCACGUCGAAAGCUGUACGUCUCUCCGGAACAGUGCAGAGUAGAAAGACCCCUUCAGCUCUGAAAUGGGGUACAGCACAUAACCAUCAGAACUACCUACUUGCAGGCUUCUCGAGGGAGGUUGAAGUUCGUUAUGCAGAAGACGACAACAGAGACAAGGAGGGUGAGGUCGCGCUAUGGGACAUGAACACCCAACAAAGACUUGAGACGGAUGCAUCAAACAAGAACAUCUUUGAUCUCGCCUGGAAUCCAAACCCUAGCAGCGGCUCGUCUAUCUUCGCAGUUGCGAGCGGGACCUUCGGCCACGUGAGCCAUGGCAUUGAAUCAGUCGUACGCCUCUACUCACCCAGGCAAAAUCGUGCACAACACACAAUGGAGCUGGACUGUCCAGCAUGGGACAUCAAUGAUGUUAUAUACUCUCCACAUGAUAGCAACCUCAUCGCAGUCGGCAGUACUGAGGGCAGGGUUUACAUAUGGGAUGUCCGGUACACAAAGCACGGCCAGUCGCCCCUGAGCACCCUGAGACACGAAGAAACUGUGGCAGUUGAGAUGGACACAGGCAUACGCUUCCUGUCAUGGGGUUCAGAACGCAACCGACUCUACUCAGGCUCAUCCGACGGAGUGGUGAAAUGUUGGGAUCCCUACCGCCACGAUUCAGACAAAGAGGUCCGCGACGUGGUCAGACUAAGCUCGUCCGUGAUGUCUGGAGCUUUCAGCCCCGACUUCUCUCACCUCCUGCUCGGCGAAGCUGGUGCCAGACUGAACUUGCUAAGUGUGGGUAAAGAUGGUGCAAGAUUCGACCAAAGAACCACACCUAGAUUCAAGGUGGAUGAAGCGCCAUUGAAGGAAGAGGCUGCUUCCGGAGCUUUGGACUGUCAGAAGAUGUUCGACACCGAAGCACUCGAAAUCAAACCUGCGGGAACUAUGCCGUUCAGACAGGUUGUCCAAGGCCCGAACUACAACGGCCCGUAUCGAAGUGAUAGCGAGGCAGUCAAACUACGCGAGAAGGCCGGCAAGUUUCAAGAAAAGGUGCUUAGAUCGCUGAGACGCCGUAACAAGCAGACUCGCAAAUCAGGCCAUCAAGACACAGAAGCUUGUAGUCUUGAUUGUGGAUUCAUCCCUUUGCCGGAUGAUUACGAUGCGCCAGAGAAAUGGCUCUCAGAGCGGAUUCCAGAUGAUAUUUGGGAUUGGAUCAGAGCAAAGGGACCAAUGGCCGAAUUCGCUUGCUUCCGCUGUGGUAAAGCAGCGACCAUCACAUCUAGGGCUCGGACAAUUGAGUGCGUAGCUUGCGGUACGACAUGGAAGACGGGAGCCCUAGGCUACGAAGUGAUCGAGCAAACCAAGACGGGCGUGUCUGGCUUCAAGAGCGAGGAAGAAGAGACAGAGAGUGUCGACGACCUUUGUGAUUCGGAGGACGAGGUCGAACGAUUCCGCGAACUGUCGAUAGAUAGCGACACGUAGGCGGCUGCCUGACGAAGCGCUUCUCGCUCAUACAUAGAGUGAUGGUCAACAAAGAGACAAUAAUGAUCAAACGAAUUAUGCUACCAAUGCCAAGUAGGAACGAGGUGACCCUGUCAGACAUGUGAAAGCGCGCUAAGAAUGCGGAGAAGAAUUGGGCGGGCGAAAGAAGCCGAGCACCGAGCAACUUUUUUGGACAUUGAAGAUUCGGCCACUGCUGAACUCGAUAGUGCAGCCUUCAUCAUGGUAAGUCAUUUCUCUU